CGCUUAGAGGCGAGACAUCAAGACUAUAGAAGAGCUGCAGCAGAAAGAAACAGACAACUAGUAUACACUCCAUUCACCUGGAUUUGUACCGAGAAUACAAAACAUGAGGGCUCUACCACUUAUUUGCCUGUUGCUGCUCAUCAACUUGUAUAUUUGCUAUAGCCAGGAAGACCACUCUUCCAGUCCAAAACGACAAAAAAGAAGAAUGUUAAAUAGACGCAAAAGAAUAAAAAGUUCUACAGGCAGACAACAACUGAAAGAGUCAACUCCCAUUACAGCUCCAGCAUUCGAUAUGCCUCUCUACAACGAUGAAGCUGUGGUACAUAUUUUAAAAGCUGUGUUAGGUGUGAACGAGCAAGCGCCAAGUUACAACAUAUUACCAGUUAAAAAAGGUCACUGCACGGUUAAUGGGAUGGUGAUGUACCAUAAUGCAGUCUGGUCUCCUAAGCCAUGCAUCACCUGCAUGUGUACCAAUGGGAAAGAAGUAUGUGAUGAAAUUAUCUGCCCUCCACUGACGUGUCCCGUUACUGUGACUCACGAUGGUGAAUGCUGCCCCGUCUGCAGUGAGAUUGCUUUUCACAGUAUUUCAGUGGACAAUAGCCUUGAAUUUUCUGGUGAUUCCCCAGCACCCAAUGAUCCUAGUGAAGUAUUUAUUGGGAACUCCCCACGAACCCAACAAGAAAUGGAUGAACUACUAAGACGGGAAGAAGAAGAGCGUGAAGAAGAAGAAGAAAGAAUCAGAGAGAAAAGGGCAAAGAAAAAAAAGGCGGAACAGACACGCAAGCAAGAUGAGCAGAGAAGACUGCAGUUGGAAGCUAAAGAAGAAGAAAGAAAACAGGAAGAAAUAAGAAAAGCAAAUGAAGAAGAGGAAUUAAGAAUAGAAGAAGAAGAGACUCGUAAAAUGGAAAAAGAACAAAAAAGAAAAGAGGAAGAAGAUAAGAGAGAAGAGGAACUGAAUUGGUUAGUCAAGGAAAAAAAACAGAGGGAAAGAGAAGAGCGUGAACAGGAGGAAGAUGAAGAUUAUGAUGAUGAAGAUGAAAGUGAUCAUUUGAGAGGAGAUGUGUUCAGGGUUGCACAGAUACGUGUUCCAGGAUCACGCAGACCAACAGAGAUCCAUCAUCCUCCAUUACCACCUGGCUGUUUCAUCUCUGAAAUCACGGUUAGCUGCUCCAAUGCUAAACUAACACAAAUACCGGCAAUUUCAGAUCCGGAAAUAAGGAGCUUGGAUCUUCUAGGAAAUUUCAUAACGUCUAUUCCAAAUGGUGCAUUUAACGGAUUGCCUAACUUGGAAAGAAUUGAUCUGAGCAAAAACAACCUCACAUCUAUGGAAAUAAACACACAAGCAUUUAAGUCACUAAAGAAUUUGAAACGUUUGUACUUGGAUGGGAACCUGCUGGUCCAUUUCCCACCUAAAUUACCAUCUACUCUGGAGGAACUGAAAGUGAAUGACAAUAUGAUCAGAGGAAUUGAGGAGGACAGCUUUAAAGAUCUAAAGAACCUGGCUACUCUAGAAUUAGAAGGUAAUCUACUAAGUGAGGCUAAUGUCAACCCAUUGGCGUUCAGGCCCCUGCAAAGCUUGAUUUACAUGCGACUAGGCAGAAAUAAAUUCCGGACCAUUCCACAAGGACUCCCUGCAACUAUUGAGGAAAUCUAUCUUGAAAACAAUGAGAUUGAAGAUAUUGUGGAAACUGCAUUUAAUCAUACAACAAAUCUUCAUACAGUCAUACUAAGGCAUAACAAGCUUGAGGAAGCAAGCAUUACACCAAUGACAUGGAUACUACAUGAGAACCUGGAAUCUCUAGAUCUUUCAUAUAACAAGUUUUAUCAUGUCCCAUCCUACUUGCCUAAAUCUUUACUGCACCUUGUACUAGUGGGGAAUCAGAUUGAGAGAAUUCCUGGCUAUGUGUUUGCCCACAUGAAUCCAGGACUGGAGUACCUUUACCUAACAUCCAACAAGCUCACCAAUGAUGGCAUUGACCCAAUUUCUUUUCAUGGGGCAUAUCAUUCACUGAGGGAAAUAUUUCUGGAUCACAAUGAGUUGCAAAGUGUGCCAGUUGGAAUUGAGGACAUGAAAGACCUUCAUAUUUUGAGGCUCAACAACAACAAAAUCAGGUCUGUCUCUCGUAACUGCAUUUGCAAUGAGGAGAAUGAUGAAGAUUCAAGUAUUGAGUUUCUACAUCUUGAAAAUAAUUUCAUCAACACAAGGGAAAUAUCACCCUACGCUUUCUCAUGCAUUCGUUCCUAUUCCAGCGUUAUCCUUAAACCACAGAAAGUCAAGUAACAUGCACACCAUGACAUUAAUACUGUGUGAUUCAAAGCUCAUAUUUAGAACGAUGGUGUAAGGGUAAAUAAAACAAAUGACUAAUCAACCAUUUAGAAUCUUCACAAACACAAGGGAUCGCGUAACCAUAAGAAGACUCAUCAAAGCAAAUCUUUUCCAGCACAAAUAUCCACAUAUAAAGGCAUUCUGCAUUUGUACUUUUGAGACUGGAAAAAUACUUUCUACCAUUUGAAAUAACAUUAUAAAACAUGUGCAGUAUCUUUUUUUCCACAAAAGCAGACUAUAAUGGACUUUUUCCAUUCCAGCAAGCCUAUAAUGUUUGCUAUGUGAUAUUAAGGUGUGAUUAUUCUUAUUUGCUGGUGCAAUUAACUCAACAACUUAAAAUAUAUAGAAUCAUAUAUUGUAAAUUUAUGUUGUUACUUAUUUCCCAAUUGGAUUGUAUCAAAUGUCACCGUGAUAUUUUACACAUCUCCUAAUACUUCACUAGCCAGUGCUAGUUAUAUAUCUUGCAGGACUAGAUAUGGACAUGAAUGUCUUUGUUUAGAAUGUUUCAAUGUAUAAAAAAAAAAUGCAAUUCAAUAUC